AUGGCUGAAAAACGCAAACAGGAAGAGGCCAUCGAUGAUCUGUUUUUCAAACGACAGUGUGUCGAAAAUUCCGAUUCUCUGAAAGAUUUGAAUGGAGAGGAGGGGCAUGUUGAGCAAGAAGUCUCUGAUGGGCCCGCACCAAGCUGGGGUUCCCAGGCCUCUUCAAGCGACUCCUCUAGCUCAAGCAGCAGCGGACAUCAGCCUGGUGGAGAUUCCUCUAGUGAGGGCAGUAUAACAGACAGCUUUGACAUGGGACUGGGAGAUAUCCGGCCUGACAGUCUUGCAGGUCCCAUGGGUUGGUUGCAGAAGCAGAUGAUGUCCGGUACCAACCCAAAGUCCAUUUUGAUGCGCAUCAUCCCAUCGGGGAUGACCAUUCCGGAGGAGAUGGAUGAGUUUGAGAUGUGGUCCAUCAUCGCAGAGUACCUGCGCUCCAUCGACGAGCCGCCUCCAAGGCAGAAACUGGAGCAGUACAACACCUUCGACGAUGCGAUCCAACUACUGAAAACCUGCAAAAACAUUCUGGUCUUGACUGGAGCAGGAGUAUCUGUAUCCUGUGGGAUCCCAGACUUUCGCUCCAGAGACGGAGUGUAUGCCCGCCUGGCGGUAGACUUUCCAGACCUGCCAGACCCGCAAGCCAUGUUUGAAAUCAGCUACUUCCGCAAAGACCCAAGACCCUUCUACAAGUUUGCAAAGGAGCUGUUCCCAGGCCAGUUCAAGCCCUCCACCAGUCACAAGUUCAUCUCCCAGCUGGAGCAGCAUCAGAAGCUGCUGAGGAACUACACUCAGAAUAUUGAUACCCUAGAGCAAGCCGCAGGGAUCAAAGGAGUUAUACAGUGCCAUGGUUCCUUUGCCACUGCAACAUGCACUCGAUGUGGACUAAGUGUGGACUCGGAUGCGAUCAGAGAUGAUGUAUUCAACCAGAUGAUUCCUAUCUGCCCGCAGUGUGGCCCUGAUACACCAGACAUGGCCGUCCUGAAGCCAGAUAUCGUCUUCUUUGGUGAGGGCCUUCCAAACCACUUCUAUGACAAGCUAAACGACGACAAAGAGACAGCUGAUCUACUCAUCGUUAUGGGGUCCUCUCUUAAAGUCAGGCCUGUAGCUACUAUCCCAAGUCUGCUUCCAAAAAAAGUGCCUCAGAUUCUGAUUAACAGAGAACCCCUUCCCCACUUGAACUUUGACAUCGAGUUGCUAGGCGACUGUGAUGUCAUCAUCAAUGAGAUCCUCCACCGGCUAGGGGAUGGCUGGGACCAUGUGUGCCAGUCGCAGCAGAGAUUGACAGAGACCACCCACAUUCCCAAUGGAUUCAAGCCUAAAGAGUCUCAACAAGCCCGGAAGGCAGUGCUGGAGGAGGGAGAAACAACCGUGGAUCAGAGACCUGAUCCAGUGCUGGAUGAGGGAGAAACAACCGUGGAUCAGAGACCUGAUCCAGUGCUGGAUGAGGGAGAAACAACCGUGGAUCAGAGACCCGAUCCAGUGCUGGAUGAGGGAGAAACAACAGUGGAUCAGAGAUCCGAUCCAGUGCUGGAUGAGGGAGAAACAACCGUAGAUCAGAAACCUGAUCCAGUGCUGGAUGAGGGAGAAACAACUGUGGAUCAGAAACCUGAUCCUGCAGGUAGGAUAGAUCAGGAGGAAUCCGUGUCAAAUCCAAUAAAUGUCAAAUCGAAAGAGGAUACACAGCACUCUUUGAGUUCUUUGAAGGAGGAAGGUCAAGUGUCUAGUGGUGAUGAUAAGAAUGAGGGAUCUAAAGCUGGAGAAGGCGAUGACAGAUUAGCUCGUUCGAACAGCCAAGAUUCUCCAAUCUCGACAGAAGGACAUGUAAAACAGAGUUGUGUCGAAAGACUCCGGGCUCCCGAGAAUCAAACUUCAUCAGAACAUCAUAUAAAUGGCUUAACAAACGAAGGCAAGAUUCAUGUAGAUGCUUUGCCUUGUUCCCGAAGUGAGACAAACUGUUCCCCAUCGUCAAAUAGUGACAGGUUGCAGAGUGCUGAUGAAGUUGAAAAUGCCUUAGCGUCGAGUGAACCCCAAACUUCCAAAACGAUUCCCUCUGAAUCGUCACAAUCCCAUACAGCACAGGAUCAGACUGCUCAAAGAAACAGUGCUGCUGAACAGUACAUGCUCUUUCAAAGAACGUUGGACUCGAUAGGGAACUCGUCCACGGGUGCUAGCUCCCCGGAUGUCAAAGUGGGCAACGACUCCGAAAGCACUCAAACCCAUGUUGCAAGUGACUGUAAAGAACCAAGUACUGAUGUGAAAGCGGAAGCUGAAGAUCUGGGAUUGUGUGUGAACGAAACAGACAGAACAAAUUCACAAGAUGAUUUAAAUUCUGAAGUUGGUAAUGUUAGCUCGUCAAGUGGAAGUGUUGUAGAACAUAGGGAGCAAGCUAGUCCUGCCUCGGACUCUGAAGCCAAGCCAAGUCCAUCCACGUCUGCGGCAGCCAAAACACCUCGGGCAACGAUUUCAACUCAACUGAAAGAAUCGUCCUUCCUCUUCAUCCCACCAAUGCGCUAUGUAUUCCAUGGAGCCGAGGUGUUCCUUUCCGAUGACGACAAUGAAAUUGAGCACGGUUUGGAAGGUCUCAACAAAGACAUGGACAUUAAUGAUCUUCACAAUGAACUUGAGAAUGGUGACCUUCACAAUGAACUUGAGAAUGGUGACCUUCACAAUCACCUUCACAACGGUGAUGACUUGCCUGAUCUGUCAGAAGAGGAUCACUCGCUGGCUAAAGAGAAAGCUGUUUCGUUAGACGACUUAACUCCGACUGUGCCCUCGACCGACCGGGAGACUAGCCAGUAUGGUCAAUCAGCGUCCAAAGCGCAGUGUGUUCCGGAAACGAAUGGAAGAGAUGGGUCGCCUUUUGAAGCGCCGUCUGGUGAAACUGUACACACACAUAUAGAUCUACCUGUGACACCUUAACUAAGCCACGAUGCCUUUUGUAUUUAAAGAUUCCAUCAUACUGCAACCGAAGAUAACAAAUGUAACAGUUUGUGUCUUUUUUGUCUCUCCCAUUCUUUGCAUGAUUCUUGUAGGUGUACAAAUUUAGAGUGGGUUUAGUGUAUGGUAUCAAAUUUAGAGUGGGUUUAGUGUAUAGUAUCCAAUAUCUGUUCAGUCUUCUUUUUCAUUUUGACCCAAACACUUUUAUUAUAAAGUUAAAUACUUGUAAUGCAAUUACAUGGUGAACGGAACUCUCCUGAAGUAAUUGGAAAAGGCUGAUUAUGUAGUGCAAUAAGUGCAUAGAAAUAAGUGUAUGCUGUCGGGUCUUGGAGUCGUCUCGCUGAACAUAACAACCACUGCACACAGAAAUGGACAUAUGGGACUUCACAUACAUUUGGAGUGAAAAUUGGGUUCUAACUUUUCAGCCAUUUCUCAAGUCACAUUUCAAGUGUGAGAGUGAUAUGCAGUGCAAUCCUAUGAAGAGGAUACACUGUAUUUGCAUUCCUGUCAAGUCAUUUAGCCGCUUCCCCAACAUAGCUCGUUUUUAAGACUAUACCUGCCUUCUUACAAAUUCUCAAAUGAUUUUUUAUUUUAAAAGAAAUAAAGACCACAAAUUCAGCCAGAAGAAGCAAAGCUGGAUUCUGAACUCCUCAAAAUAAAGUUCUGCAAUUCAAGUUUGAGCGUUGAUAUCUCUCUUGUUACAAUAUGGUCAUAUUUGACGCUGGUAUCAUUGGAAAGCCUUUGUAUUCCCCUUUACAAUAAUACCCCAUUUGUAACGAUCAGGUAAUCACAGACUGUGCAGUACACCUGUAAGUUGGGCCGAGUCAAAAUGCAUUGUUAUUGUCCAUAGCGAAUUUGUUUGGACAGGAGGAUAGAUUGAGUUUUGAAGGAAUAACGAUGCAUUUUGCAAUAUUUCACUGUUGACUUAGUAUUGUACAUUCAAUGAUUACAUAAUCGUUAUGGAUGGGGCAGCAUUGUUAAGGGGAAGAAACACUUAAAGAGAAGGUAGAGUUCAUGGGAGAGGUGAAAAAUGAUUUGUUAUCACUUCCCUGAAAAGCAUGGCUCUUCAAAUGCCUUCAUAUUCUGAAUAUGACAAGUAACAGCUUCAAAAUGAGGCCCGAUUUAUAUGCCACAUUCUUGUGUAGUCCCGCUUUUUCACAAUGCAAUCGCAUGACCUGUGACCUGUUUUACAAGGCCUUUUAUCAAUGACAAAUGAUAAAAAUCAGUGACAAACCUGCUGAUA